AUGAAUUCUAGGAGUUUGAUUUAUGUACUUGUGUGUUUCAAUCUAUAUGUGGCUUGUACAUUCUUUCAAGUCUCAAGUGGGAAUGGCUCUAACUCUAACCAAUGUUGGUUCCCUGCAAUUUACAACUUUGGGGACUCAAACUCAGACACUGGAGCCAUAUCUGCAACAUUCAUAGGAGUGCAACCUCCUAAUGGUAUAAGCUUCUUUGGAAGCUUAUCAGGAAGGGCUUCUGAUGGCCGUCUCAUCAUAGAUUUCAUAGCUGAAGAAUUGAAGGUGCCAUAUCUAAGUGCAUAUUUGAACUCAAUUGGAUCCAAUUACAGGCAUGGUGCAAACUUUGCAACAGGAGGUUCAUCCAUUCGUCCUGGUGGUUAUAGUCCAUUCCAUCUUGGGCUUCAAGUUAAUCAGUUCAUACAGUUCAAGUCCCACACCAAGAUUCUCUACAAUCAGCUCUCUGACAACAGGACAGAACCACCUUUAAAAAGUGGUCUUCCAAGGUCUGAGGACUUCUCCAAGGCCCUUUACACCUUUGAUAUUGGACAAAAUGAUCUUGCCAUUGGUCUUAAUAAGACUUCAGAGGAACAAGUUCUAAGGUCAAUUCCUGAAAUCUUGAGCCAAUUCUUCCAAGCAGUGCAGCAACUAUACAAUGAAGGGGCAAGAGUGUUCUGGAUUCACAACACAGGUCCAUUUGGAUGCUUGCCCUACAGUUACAUUUAUUAUGAACCCAAGAAGGGUAACCUGGAUGCAAAUGGCUGUGUGAAACCUCAGAAUGAGAUUGCUCAGGAAUUCAACAGGCAGCUCAAGGACCAAGUGUUUCAACUAAGGAGAAAGUUCCCAUUAGCCAAAUUUACAUAUGUUGAUGUGUACACAGCAAAAUAUGAACUAGUCAGCAAUGCAAGGAAACUAGGUUUUCUCAGUCCAUUGGAGUUCUGUUGUGGCAGUUACUAUGGUUACCACAUAAAUUGUGGGAAGAAAGCCAUAGUAAAUGGAACUGUUUAUGGCAAUCCAUGUAAAAAUCCUUCUCAACAUGUUAGCUGGGAUGGCAUACAUUACUCUCAAGCAGCAAACCAAUUGAUUGCUAAACACAUUCUCUAUGGCUCAUUCUCUGAUCCACCAAUUCCAAUUGGGCAAGCAUGUUUCUGA